AUGUGAAAAAGCUCAUUAGCCCACAUUUUGCCCAAAAGACAAUUACAUUUGCGGCUAGUUUGGGAACUUGGGCUGGGCCUGUUCACCCCUUUCAUUUUAUUUCAAACUUUAAAACAGUUAACAUAGGCGGCGACAGUGGCCUCUCUGUUCGCCGCACCAACAGUCUAACACCAACUUCAACCAUCCCCUGUUUUCCUUUUUAAUUCAUUUUUGCUUCCUUUUCUUUAUCCCGUCUCCACCGCCUCUCUCCAUAAGGAAGCGCCGCGACCGUCCAGCUUCAUUGCCGUGAGUUUCCUUCUUCUUUCUUUUCUUUUCUCAUCCUUAUGCUUUAAUUUCAAUAAGCCAGGGACUAAUAAACGGCCACCGCAGUUAUUAGCUUUAGUAACUUUUAAAGUUGUUUUUAGUUCGAAUCUCUUAGGCUUUAGGAUCUACUGUGGAGAUGCCUUCAAAGAAGAAGCAAUCUAAGACGCCUUCAAGGCAAUCAAACUCUGACCCUUCAGCGUCUCCGCGGACACCAUCUGUGACUUCUCUAGAUUCAGAAGUUAGUGAAGAAGAUCUUAGGUGCUCUUUUGAACAAGUUUCGAGGCGAUAUCCUUCACUUAUUGGACAAUCUGCUUUCAUUGGCCGGGUUAAUGAUGUUGACUCCGAAACCAGAGGCUGUAAAAUUUGGCUGUCAGAAGGUUCUAUGGUUGCUUCUUACCUCACUCCUGGUUCAUUAGUAUCGGUCUCGCUUGCUGCUUUGAAGAAUAAACAUUCAAAUGGGUUUCCUCUAAGCUCAAUAACAGAUGAAUGUGGUAAACUUUUUGGUGUUGAUUUGGCCAAUGAAACUGCAAAAGAAGUUGGAAACUACUUUGCACUUGCUACCGUUUUUCCAUCUUGUAAGGUUUUGAAGAAUGGAGUGAGAUUGUCUGCAAACCUUUCAAGCACACUGGGUUCUCCCUCUUCUGGCAGCAUUGUGUUGGUUCACCCUAUACAAAGUGAAUUUCGAAAUGGUCUUGUACAUGAGAGUGAAAAGGAACAUAACCCAAGUGUUAAUUGCCUCUCAUUAUGUAGCUGCAAGCAAUUGCAUCUAGAGCUGACUUCUUUUAAGAAUACAGUAAAAACAAGCAAUGAUUUGUCGUCUAAAAUGGAGUUUUCUACAGGAAACUCUUAUGAUCGAUUUGAGAAUGGAAUAAUAUCUUCCCCUCAGACACCAUUAUGUCAGCCAAAGCUGAGUUCUCAUUCUGGUCAGUUAGCUUCACCCUUGUGUGAAGGCUCAACAUCAAAUUUCUCCAAACCAAACGGUUUAUGUGUUGAUUCAUUUGAUGUUAAAGAGAUAUUAAGGGAUGAGAGUUCUAAGAAACUUCUAGAGACCUGUGCUGCUUCAUGGUUGUAUUCGCGUAAUCUACUCUGUGGAAAUAUUGUGGCCAUUCCAAUACUUUCAGCGCUUUGCAUUUUCCGUGUGAGAGGUGCUGGUUUCACUAAUCAAGAUUUGAUGAAUGGAAGGAAUCAUAGUUUGCCCCCACAAACUAUUGAAUCAAUGGAGCAUGUGAAUAAUGCUUUUGUUGUAGACCAUGAGACUAAAGUAUACUUAUGUUUACCAUCAGAUUUGUCAUCUGAAACUCUAGCUGAAAGACCUUCAUCAUGUGUGCAAUCUGAUCUUGAGGAUGUGAAAACCACUAUGGAGCCUGAUAUUUCAGAACUGGGUGGCUUGUCCAAAGAAUAUGCAGUAUUGAAGGAAAUUAUUUCCUCAUCUGUGAAGAAUGCUUUGUCAAGUUUUGGUUUACAAACUACAAAGGGAGUGCUUCUUCAUGGUCCACCUGGAACAGGAAAGACUUCCUUGGCACGGUUAUGUGUUCAUGAUGCUGGUGUCAACCUUUUCUACGUGAAUGGACCCGAGAUUGUUAGUGAAUAUCAUGGAGAAAGUGAGCAAGAAUUGCACAAAAUUUUUGAGUCAGCUACACAGGCUGUGCCUUCUGUGGUGUUCAUUGACGAGUUGGAUGCCAUAGCUCCUGCACGGAAAGAAGGAGGUGAACAGCUAUCUCAAAGAAUUGUUGCUACUUUGUUGAAUUUGAUGGAUGGAAUCUGUAGAACUGAUGGAGUACUUGUGAUUGCUGCUACCAAUAGGCCUGAUAGCAUUGAGCCUGCACUUAGACGGCCUGGAAGACUUGGCAGGGAACUUGAGAUUGGUGUGCCGUCUCCAAAGCAACGACUAGAUAUACUCUGUACUCUUCUCAGCAAAAUGGACCACUGUAUUUCAGAUAUGCAAGUUCAGCAACUUGCCAUGGCUACACAUGGCUUUGUGGGUGCUGAUCUAGCUUUCCUUUGCAAUGAGGCAGCCCUAGUUUGUCUAAGGCGUUACACCAAAUUUAAAGUGAAAUGUCAAGGUUUGGAUUCUUGUGGAAUACCUAUUACAUAUGUAGCCCAGGCAGGCAAUAAUAUGGAAGAAAUGGAAUGUGGAAGUGAUUUAAGAGACACUUCAACUAUUUUUUCAGAUUCUUCAUCUUCUUGGAAAAUGAAUUUCCCUGAUUCUGCUGGGACAGUCUCACAAAUAACAUCUGGUAACCCGAAUUGUAAUAACAAUAUUUCUGAAGGGAUGCCUUUGAUGAAAGAAAAUUGCCUGCUAAGAUUGGCUUUUGAAGAUUUUGAAAAGGCCAGGAUGAAAGUGAGACCUAGUGCCAUGCGUGAGGUCAUACUUGAGGUUCCAAAAGUUAAUUGGGAAGAUGUUGGGGGUCAAAGGGAGGUCAAAAAUCAGUUAAUGGAAGCUGUUGAGUGGCCUCAAAAACACCAGGACGCAUUCAAGAGGAUUGGUACUCGUCCUCCCACAGGGGUGUUGAUGUUUGGACCUCCUGGUUGUAGCAAAACCCUCAUGGCUCGUGCUGUAGCUUCUGAAGCUGGAUUGAAUUUUCUAGCAGUGAAAGGUCCUGAACUUUUCAGCAAAUGGGUUGGUGAAUCUGAGAAGGCAGUAAGAUCCCUUUUUGCAAAGGCAAGGGCUAAUGCUCCAUCAAUCAUAUUUUUUGAUGAAAUUGAUAGCCUUGCCAUAAUUCGUGGAAGGGAUAGUGAUGGGAUUUCAGUUUCUGAUAGGGUCAUGAGUCAACUUCUUGUUGAGUUGGAUGGUUUGCAUCAAAGAGUUGAUGUUACUGUUAUUGCUGCGACUAAUCGACCAGACAAGAUUGACACUGCACUUUUAAGACCAGGACGUUUUGAUCGACUGUUAUAUGUCGGACCACCAAAUGAGAAUGACCGGGAAGAUAUAUUUCGUAUCCAUUUGCGCAAAAUUCCUUGCAGUUCUGAUGUCAGCUUAAAAGAGCUUGCUUAUCUCACAGAGGGCUGCACUGGUGCUGAUAUAUCGUUGAUUUGCCGGGAGGCAGCUGUCACAGCUCUUGAGGAGAGCCUUGAUGCUGAAGCAGUAACAAUGCGUCACUUAAAAGCUGCAAUCAGACAAGUACGGCCAUCAGAUAUUCACUUGUAUCAAGAGCUAUCAGCUAAGUUUGAAAGGCUUGUUCACUCCAGCGCUGUAGAAAAGACAUUAGGAUCUCAACGGUGCUCAACUGGGUUCACCUUGUGCCAGACCCUGAUAAAAUAUGUCUCACGGUUCUUUGCUCGCUUCCCAGCAGCCAAUUUACACUAAAAGUCUGCUACUAAUGGGUAAAACCAUAGAUUCCUUUGGCAAUUUAAAAUUCAUUGAACAUUGACAUUGAACAUUGACAUCGAGUUGCUCUCCAAAGAAGGGUAGUGAUUUUCUAUUAGCGAUCAUUUGGCAGUGGAAUGGAGUUCAGUUGAUCCUAGUGGUGAUACAGUAGUGCCAUCAGCGCCAUGGUAAUAGAAGAAAAGAGGCAAUUGGACUAUGGAAAGAAAGAAUAUUGUAAAUUUGGUAAUUAUCAGAAUCAUUUUCUUUCAA